AUGACAUCAGCCACGUCAGGGAUAACUCUCGUUGGGCUGGGAAAUAUGGGAGCAGCACUCGCUCAUGCCUUCCUUAAGUCUGGAUGCUUGCUGACGGUUUGGAAUCGCACAAGCACCAGGCCAACUGUGGUAGAAGCGAUCAAGGCAGGCGCCUCGUUUGAGCCAGACCUCGCAAAGGCAAUUUCAGCUAACAGCACGAUCGUCUUCUGUGUCCUUGAGUACAAGAAUAUCUAUCAAGGUCUUGAACCACUCGUCACUAGCGGCGUUUUAAAGGGCAAGACCAUGGUAAAUCUGACAAAUGGAACUCCAAGGGAUGCAAGAGACGCCGAUAAGUGGUUUAAAGAUCACGGCGUCGCCAGCUACUUUGAUGGAGGUAUUAUGGUGACGCCUCAGAAUGUCGGCACUCCGGUAUCAGUCGUCUUGAUCAGUGGUGAGGACGAAAGCCUACUUGAAAGCCGCGGGGUCAAGGACCUCAUUGGCGCGAUUGGCGCGCCAGACUACAAAGGAGAAGAUCCCGGGGUCGCGGCUGGUUAUGACCUUGCUCUCUUGGCUGGGAUGAUCGGAAUGUUCAUUGGAUCUCUGACGGCUUUGGCUAUGAUUCAGAAGCAGCUUGACCGCGCGAAGAGCACUGCCGGUGCGAAUGGAGCAAAGGAAACCGCAACCACUGGUGGUCUCACGGAGGUGGUUACCACUUAUUUCAACCCUCUUCUCACAGCCUUGAUCCCGCACAACGAGCUUCUUGCAACAGCCAUCGACAACAACGAUCAAGAUAACAACCACGGCAACCCGAUGGAAAUGAUGCGGGUUGCGAUGCACAACAUAAUCCGCGGAUGUGAAGAGGAAGGCGUGGAUGCGGAGAAUCUGAGGCAUUUUGCAGGUUUAGCGGACCAGGUGGUCCAUUUGCACGGUCCCGAUAGCGGUCUCGCUUGGGUGCAUUCAUUGCUGUUGAAGUAG